AUGAGUGAAGAAGUGUAUGAAUAUUAUUGUAUAAUAGAAGAACCAAUUGUAAAUAUCGAGGCAUUAAGAAUUAAAGUGAUGAAAAAUGGAAUACCAAAUAAUAAUAAACUUCGAGCGAAAAUAUGGAAAUUAUUAUUAAGAUAUUAUACAGCAGAACAAAAAACAUGGAAUAAUAGUGAAGAAACAUAUUUAAUAAUUUAUAGAAAAGAAAAAGAAAUGUAUUAUGAAGAAAAAAGAAAAGAAGGAAAAGAAAUAAAAAAUAAAAAAUUAGCAAGAAUAAUUGAUAAAGAUCUUGCAAGAACAAAUGAAGGAGAACAUAAAGAAGAAUAUAAUAAUGCAUUAAGAAGAAUAUUAAAUAUUUUAAGUAAUAUGAAAGAAGGAAUUCCAUAUGUUCAAGGAUUAAAU